AUGAGUUUGCUGAUCGCCUUUACGACUGUUUUGGCUGUAGCUUCGGCACUGACAACCACUAAUAGAUUUCCUGACGACUUUUUGUUUGGGGCUGUAACCUCCGCGUAUCAAGUCGAAGGAGCCUGGAAUGAAGAUGGUAAAGGAGAGAGCAUUCAGGACUACUUCUUCCACAACCACCCUGAACAUACCACAGGAGACACCGGGGACGUCGCCUGCGAUUCUUACCACAAGUACCAGGAAGACGUGCAGAUUCUGAGAGCACUCAACGCGAACGUAUACCGAUUUUCGAUUUCCUGGACACGUGUGUUGCCCACCGGUGACCUCGACGUUAUCAACCAGGCUGGUAUCGACUACUACAACAACCUCAUCAACGACCUACUCGCCAACAGAAUUCAGCCUCUGGUGGGGAUCUUCGCUCAUCCUAUUUACAGUCAAGAUGGGGAUUACCCUGGUGUGGUGCGACAGCUAGUGGAUGCCAAUAGUGAGGCUGAGGGGCGGCCCCGGUCAAGGCUACCAACCUUCACACAGGAAGAGAUCGAGUACAUUAGGGGUUCGGCCGACUUCUUUGGAAUGAUCCACUUCGGAACGAAUUUCGUGACGCCAGGUGUCACAGUCGAAUCACGUUCUAAAACGCGGGAUUCUCCUGUAAUUACAUCGUCUCGUGAGACAUAUCCUUGGGGAUUGCGGAGUCAACUGAACUGGGUUGCCAACGAAUAUCCAGGAUACCCAAUCUUUAUAACAGAGAACGGUAUGUCUAAUUCUGGAGGGCGAAACGACACUGACCGCAUCGAAUUCUAUACUGGAUACCUAGGAGCUGUACUAGAAGCGAUAUACACAGACGGUGUUCCGGUUAUCGGACACUUGGCAUGGAGCCUCAUGGACACCCUGGAAUGGAACGCGGGAUUCACAGCUAAGUACGGGCUGUACGAGGUGGAUUUCAACAGUCCAAACCGGACGAGGACGCCCAAGGAUUCAGCCGGAGUCAUGGCGGAAGUCUUCAGCAGCAAGCAGUUGCCCAACCAGUAG